AUGCUACUCUUUACUCCCGCCGCUGUUGUCGUCGCCUUAGCUGGCACCCUCAUAGCAGCUAAGAAGUCCUGUGGUAACUCGAGCCUAUCUAUAACAACGGAAAAUGGCAUUGUGAACGGAUUCAUCGACCCUGCCACGCCAGGAGUCCGACGAUUCCUCGGAAUCCCCUACGCAGAACCACCCCUAGGCGACCUGCGAUUCUUGCCCCCCCAGCCUGCGCAGCCCUUCGGCACCAUCGGCUCGACAGAACUGCCACCCAGCUGCAUCCAAUUCCUGGCAACCGCUCCGCAACUCUAUACCCGCGAGGUUCUCGAGUUCAACCUGGAUGGGCUGAACACCACGGGCCGCAUCAGCGAGGAUUGUCUAACACUGAGUGUCUGGGCACCGCUCAAGAAACACAAGAAGGAGAAGCAAUCAAAACUCCCCGUCCUCAUCUUCUUCUAUGGGGGCUCCUUCGCCAUGGGAGGCCAAGAUAUACCCUAUCAGAUUCCGGCGCAAUGGGUCCAGCGCACGCAAGGCCACAUCGUCGUCACGUUCAACUUCCGCGGCAACAUCUUCGGGUUCCCCAACGCGGCGGGAUUGAAUGAUACGGAGCAGAACUUGGGACUGCUCGACCAGCGGCUGGCAGUAGAGUGGGUGCGCGACAACAUCGCGGCGUUUGGCGGCGACCCCGAGCGCAUCGGGCUCUGGGGCCAGAGUUCGGGCGCGAUUUCGUUGGGAUAUUACAGCUACGCGUAUCCCGAGGACCCGAUCGCGAACAGCAUUAUGCAGGAUUCUGGGAGCGAGUAUCUGGGGCAGAACAUGCUCGAUCCCCUGCACACCAACUUCACGUUCGUGGCUCAGAGUGUCGGCUGUGGGGGGCUGGGACCCGAAGAAGAGGUGGCUUGCAUGAGGACCGUCGACGCGAUUCAGAUUGAAAACGUCUUGCAGGCGAACCCGAUUCCGAUCCUGUUCUUUGGGCCGAUGGUGGAUGGGAGGACGGUGUUUGCGAAUUAUACGGAGCGUGCUCUGCAAGGGGAGAUUGCGAGAAUCCCGGCGAUUGUGGGAAGCAAUACUCAGGACGGCUCUGUCUUCACCCCUUAUCAACCCAAUGGCUUCAAUACGACUAUACUAGAUCUGGUAACACUGAGCUUCUUUUUCUGUUCUGCCUGGCAGUCUGCACUAACGCGCCUCUCCGUGGGAUUGCCCGUCUACCGCUACGAAUACGCCGGUAAUUUCAGCAACAUUUCGCCUGAUCCAUGGCUGGGCGCGUACCAUGAGUCUGAGCUCCCACUGCUCUUUGGCACCCACCCCAACUUUCGUGGCAACUCAACGCAGCUCGAGUACGAGACCAGCUUUGCCAUGCAAGACGCGUGGUUGGCUCUCGUUGCUCAAGAGUCUGUCGAGGAACAGGACUGGCCGAGAUACAGCGGUGUCCCCACAGGGCUGGUCAGACAGUUUGGAAAUGGCGUCGCGGCGCAGAACGUGGACAGGAGAACUAUGGAGAUGCAGUGUGUUACUGUGUUGCAGGAAUUCUCAUGA